GCGAAAAAUGAAUGCGUUAAGCAAGGAGAUGUCUGUCCCUCUGCGCUGCUUUGCCUCAAUCGAAAGGGAUCGUUUGCUUGUGGCUGUGAUCCUGGUUUUAAGGUGGUUGGCUAUGAAGAGGCGAGGACUUGCAAAGGUACCAUUGCUAUUUUGGGUAUCAAUAAUUUGAUGUUUGGUCUGCUCCCCAUUCCUCCGCACUCCGGCAAACAUCCCCGCCCCCCUCCAAUAACUGCCACGAUGGUCGUGAAGUUUGAGCGAACUCUCUGAGAGCGUUAUCGCUCCAACCUUACUGCAGGUGAAUAGUUGCCAAAGCAUUUUAUGAAUAAUUAUUUCAGCUCUGGACGAGUGUGACAAGCAAGGAGACAGCUGCCCCUCUGGUUUACAAUGCUUAAAACAGGCCAAUGGAUCACACGUAUGUGGCUGUUCUGCUGGUUACAAGGUGAUAGGAGAAGGAGAAUGGAGAUCUUGUCAAGGUAUCAUUGCAAAAGGCUCUUACCCAGUCGCUAUUUAUGUGUAUUUACGGCGAGAGAAGUGAGAGAAGACUGGGCUUAGGUUAAGGCACGCGGUGUCAUGGGAAGGGACUCGCGCGUCAUUUAAGCCCUAUUCUUCUCUCACCCGAAAACUCUUAAAUAGCGAUUGGAUAUGAGUCUUUCAUUACAAGCUUUACACAGCCGUAUCAGUGCGUACCGUUACUUGAUUACGAGUUCCUGGAAGUCCAACUUCUUUUUUUAAAGUUGUGGCGUUUGCUUGGGACUCAUGAGCACUGACACUUAUUUCAGAUUAUGUUAAGUUGACUUAGCAAUCCUCAGUAUCCUGGCCAUAGUCUCUUCUUUGGAGAUUAAUUUUGUUUUUUGCAUUUUACUUUGAACAUUCACAAUUUCUCAGGUAAACGCUACACUAUUAUUCAACGAAAACGAUUCUCCGAUUUCUGAAAUCGCUAUUGCCUGUAAAUCAGUGUGUGAAGUCUCUUAAUUCACUGUACCUCAUUUAACCUUUUUAAACUGACGGUGUAGCAUGUAUGAUAGUCCUUUUCCGAGUUACCCAAAGCCUCUGUGUCAAAGCGGGGCGUAGUGCGAAGCCAUUGAUUUAAAAAUGACUUUGAAUCUCUUACAAAUAAAACUCACUUUCACAAGAAAGGUCUAGCCUCGUUUUGAAAGUGUGAAUUUUUGGAACUGGGAAAUGGCAUGUUAAACCAUAUUUAUGUAUGUUGACUGUGUUUGUAUCCACUGACCUCGUCCCAGGGCCUCUCUUUCUUCUUGAGAAUACAGCAUAUUUGACACAAAGAGUUAGGAUUUGAGAAAACAAUAAUAAAAAAAGAGUAAUCGUAACGGCGCAGUUGAAAGUUGUGACACUUAAUGGUAAUUAAAAGUAUCUUUUUCAGUCAUGGAUGAGUGCGACAAGCGAGGGAAUAGUUGUCCUUCGAGAUUAAAAUGCAUAACACGAGACAAUAUAACUCAUGAAUGUGGCUGCGAGAAAGCUGACUCCGUGGUUAAAGGAGAAGGAAAGAAAAGAUUUUGCAAAGGUAAGAUAAUGUUCAUUUUUUCAGGCCCCAGUUGUUGGAAAUGUGGAUAGUGCAAUCCACCGUAUAAAAACUAUCCAAAGGAUUACGCAAUCGGUUUUCGUAAGACCUGUCCACUGGAUAGUGUUAACCAACUUUUGAACAACCGGGGACUGAAUAGACUCUAAGGGCUGGUAAUUCGCACUGAGUUUAGCCAGUGUUUAAGACAAAACCCCGUUCUAAGCCAUUUUCAGUUUGUCGAACGCUUUUAUGUAAACAACGGUUAUUGUGAACAGUUACAUGAAAGCGUAUAGCGUAGACAAGAAAAGCAAUUGUCUUCUUAAAAUAACCCACUAAGGAAGAGAUCUGCAGGUCUAAAGAUUUCCUAAACAGCGGUCUAAAUUAGACUUUGUUUAAAAAACCGGCCCUAUUAAAAGUUUUUUGUUCUAAGUUUCUUGGAAAAAUGAAAAAAAAAGGUUUCGAAGAACAUCGAUUUAUUAGAGAAUUUUUUUGGACUGCUCCUUCUCUCAUAUUGCAUAUAUCCUGCCGUCAUCCAAAUGAGCUUGGGUUGCCUGUGGUAAUUGAACGAAGACCACUAGAUUGAUUAUUCAUUACUCUACCCUCUCUGUUACAGAAAUGGAUGAGUGCGACAAGAUAGGGAAGUCUUGUCCCUCUAAUCUCAAGUGUCUUAAGAAAAAUGGAUCUUUUGCUUGUGACUGCGAGAACACUGGCUUUAUUGUGAAAGGAAGUGGAGAGAGAAGGACAUGUCAAGGUACAAAAUCACUAUUAGAGAGAUUAAAAGUCACGUUUAUGGCAAACGGCAAACGUGAGAUUGAAGUUGAGAAUUUCUCACAACAGAAAAUAAGCGGAUAAAAACUGUCCAGGACAAUUCUUAUGGAUAAAACUGGCGUGAAACUACUUAUUUUUGAGUGGAAGUAAUAAACAGUAAACGACAAUUAAGGGGAAAACUUGGUUCCUUGGUAUAAAUUCACGUUUGCCGUU